GGGCGGGGAAAUCACGUAAUGGCGGAUGCAGGCCGGUGGAGUGCGGCUGGGGGCGUUGCGCGCUGAGGGGGGCGUCCGGCCGGGUAGCGGUCCUCGGAGCGGUGGGCCGGGGCGCACUCCGCGGGGACACAGGCCGCGCUGGGCAGCCCUUCAUGUCGCUGAGGGCGACCGCGCGAGGUCAGGUUGUUUUUCAUCACUGAGAACAUUGCCUGAAGCAGGUCCACCAUGCCGUUAGUAACCAGGAACAUCGAGCCAAGGCACCUGUGCCGUCAGACGUUGCCUAGCGAUACAAGCGAGCUGGAAUGCAGGACCAACAUCACCCUGGCAAAUGUCAUCCGACAGCUGGGCAGCCUGAGUAAGUAUGCAGAGGACAUUUUUGGAGAGAUUUGCACUCAGGCAAGUGCCUUUGCCUCCCGAGUAAACUCCCUUGCUGAGCGGGUUGACCGAGUGCAAGUUAAAGUCACUCAGCUGGAUCCCAAGGAAGAAGAAGUGUCACUACAAGGAAUCAACACGCGAAAAGCCUUCAGAAGCUCUACCGUCCAAGACCAGAAGCUUUUUGACAGAAAUUCUCUCCCAGUACCUGUCUUAGAAACCUACAACAGCUGUGAUGCUCCACCCCCUCUCAACAAUCUAAGUCCUUACAGGGAUGAUGGAAAAGAGGCACUCAAAUUCUACACCAACCCUUCGUACUUCUUUGAUCUUUGGAAGGAGAAGAUGCUGCAGGACACCAAGGAUAUCAUGAAAGAGAAGAGAAAGCACAGGAAAGAAAAGAAAGAUAAUCCAAAUAGAGGGAAUGUAAACCCACGUAAAAUCAAGACGCGUAAGGAAGAGUGGGAGAAGAUGAAGAUGGGACAAGAAUUUGUAGAGUCCAAAGAAAAGCUGGGGCCUUCUGGGUAUUCAUCUGCCUUGGUGUACCAGAAUGGCAGCAUUGGCUCCAUUGAAAAUGUAGAUGCAGCCAGCUAUCCACCACCGCCACAGUCAGACUCCACCUCUUCACCUUCUCCUUCCUUCUCUGAAGACAACUUGCCUCCCCCACCAGCAGAAUUCAGCUACCCUGUGGACAACCAGAGAGGGUCUGUCGUGGCUGGACCCAAAAGAACCAGCGUGGUCAGCCCAAGCCAUCCACCCCCAGCUCCUCCCCUGGGCUCUCCACCAGGCCCUAAACCUGGCUUUGCUCCCCCACCUGCCCCUCCACCUCCACCUCCAAUGAGUGUGCCACCUCCACUACCACCUAUGGGAUUUGGGUCUCCUGGGACCCCUCCACCACCAUCACCUCCUUCCUUCCCGCCUCACCCUGAUUUUGCUGCCCCUCCCCCACCUCCCCCACCGCCGGCAACUGACUACCCAAUGCCACCACCUCCCUUGUCCCAACCAUCUGGAGGUGCCCCUCCCCCUCCCCCUCCUCCUCCCCCUCCAGGGCCCCCGCCUCUCCCCUUCAGUGGUGCUGAUGGCCAGCCUGCUGCACCACCGCCACCUCUUUCUGAUGCCGCCAAGCCCAAGUCCUCAUUGCCUGCUGUGAGCGAUGCUCGUAGUGACCUGCUUUCUGCUAUCCGCCAAGGCUUUCAGCUGCGAAGGGUUGAAGAGCAACGGGAGCAAGAAAAGCGUGAUGUGGUGGGCAAUGAUGUGGCCACCAUUCUGUCACGUCGGAUUGCUGUUGAGUACAGCGACUCGGAAGAUGAUUCCUCUGAAUUUGAUGAAGACGACUGGUCGGAUUAACUUCCUGCCUGUUGCCCACAUUCCUUUUACUGCCCUUCCUACCUGCUUUCUUUGAUAGCAACUGUAACAGUCUCAUGGGGGGAAGAAAGGGAGGACAAAGAAUUGCAAGGGGUGGAAGCAGUUCCCUGGAGCAACCAAAGAUCUAUCCAAGUGCUUCCUCCAAACUACCGUGUACUUCCUUCCUUCUUCCCUGGCCGUGGGCUCUUGAGGCUCCUUAGCUGAGCUGAUCCCUCUUCCCCUCAAGUGACUGUUAAAUAUUGAAAGGAGGGAAAACCCUACAGAAAAUCCCUCUCAUAGGGUUUCAACUGGAGAUAGUGCCUUCCCCCUGAUAACCGUUUUAACCCGUGGCCUUCCUCAAAACCCGUGCAUACUUCAAAUAAUGCUCUCCAUCUCCUGGUCUUAAAGCAGUGGGUACAGCCUGUGUAGGCACAGCUUGUCUCUCUUCUGUGCCCUGAGCGUAUAGAGCAGGCCAAGUGUCCUGGCAACUAGACUGUCACCCCCUCUGCCCCACACUCAGCCCUCUGCAGGGUAGGGCUGCUUCUGUUCAGCUCUGUCUGGAUGCCUUUGUUGCAGAAGGCAUCAGGCCCCUAAAGAAUGUCUCACUUCUCUGCCCAGAAGUGAUGCUGUUCUGAAGGCUGAGGCUGUUGCCUUCCUCCCACGCUCCCUCUCGGUGAGUGUGGUGUUCGGGUGUCCUUGGCAUGCCCCUCCCUCACCCUAGGUGCCUUUAGACUGCACAGCCCAGUUUUAAUCUCUGAUAUUCAUGACCAAACUAGCCCUGACACACAGGGACCUGGGCCUCUCUGCUGACCAUCAGGGGCAAAACUUGAAGGUGUGGCACUGCGGGACUCGGGUCCUGCCCUGUCAGGAUGCUGAGGCCAAGAUGAGAAGUGACCCUCAGGGUCACACAGAUAGAGAUAGAACAAGAGCCCAGGCUUCCUGUCUCCAAGUCACCUGUGUGUUCUGGGACCAAAUAAUGAGCACCUGCUGGAGUCUGGGCAGAGCACCCCCCCCGAAUGCAGGGGUCUCAUUUGAAGGACUCACAGCCUGUGCCAGACCCGCUAGGACAGCUUUGACAUUCAUACCCUCUCUUGUAACCGUUUAUUUCCCCUUUCUAUCCCCAGCCAGUCAUGUGGCAUGGGAACUGUGCUGGGGAGCCGGAGUAGAGAGGAGUGGGGCAGCCAGCCUUGGCAGGUGCAACUUUCAGUUCACUGCAGCACCCUCCCCCUCUUGUUUCCUCAGUCUAAGCAUAGGCUCUGCCAGCUGUGGAAGCUUCAGUCCCUCAGGCUGGCAGCCGCAGCAGGCACCUGCCUGGGGGGGCCUGGCAGCCGUAAAGAAGUCGGAAAGGUAGAAGGACACGGGGUCUUCCACCUGAUUCCCCAACUCACUGUGCAUGGUGAUGCUGACCCCCUCCCCUUUACGUCCCUUCCCAGAGCUAAUACACACAGGUGCUAUUAUUCAGGAAAGAACUGAGCAGCCCUGGCCAGGAGCAAGGUUUCUUCUCUUCUGCCCCAACUAUUGUGUGGCCUCUUGUGCUGAAAUCAGCUUCUCUGGCUUCAGAGCCUGAAACAAAGAGAAACAGGAUCUGUCUCUACCCAGCACAGCAAAUGGUUGUAGUAAUUGCCAAAGCCCUCAUAAACCCCUCCGGCUUGAGGAAAGUGCAGAGCACCUCCCCUCUGCCUCCUUUCUUGAACCCUGAGGUGGGGACUAAAGCUGCAGGUGCCAGCAGGCCCUCCUGCUGUGGCGGCCCCAGAGGGCUCCGAGUGUCCAUGUCCACGUCCCUCCCAGUCCAGCGUCUGGCACAGGGCUUGGCGCUAGACCAUGCUGCGCACGUUUCUCACUCUGCCCUUAGAAGGUGCUUUCGUCAGUCUUAAAAUGGCUGUUGGUGAUACCCUGGCUGCAGCCCAGCAGGGGCUGGAGAGGCAGGGGAGGGCAGUGGUCCUUCCGAUACAAGUCCUGGGGCCUGGCCAGGCCAGGGUUUGAGCCUAAUGGUUUUGACUAAAUUACUCCCCUCCUCCUGCUCCCCGGGAAAGGAGAGCAGGAGCCGCUCACUGUGGUUCUCUUCCGACCUUGAAGGGGCAGCAUUGGCCUGGCUUCUGGAAUGGACCGAGUCCACCAGGAAAGACUGGGGGCGGGAGGAGAUGGGGAGGGGUGCUGUCUGUGGAAGGUAGGAUUAGAUCAUUAGCUCAGUGACCUCCUAGGGUUUCGAUGUGCUGUGUUCUCAUCCUACAGCUGGUUUGGUAAUGAUCUGCAAGUCCCGGAGAGCAACAGCACAGCUCUGCCUGACGCUCUCAUUAAAAUCCAUGCAGCCAAGCUCUGCACUUUGUAGCAGCCGGCCUUGCAGAGCCUCCUCAGCUUGGGGGGUUGGGGACCCAGUCAGCUGAGAGGUCCUCUAGGCUGUACUUAGGUAUAUGUGUACCCCCCCCAAAAAAAAAGAAAAAAAAUUAAAACGUGCUUCUUUAAACCCAGAGCCCUUUAAAAUAAUAAAGGACCCAGUGCAGGUAGGUGUGUUUAUGGAAUCCUGUAAGGGUAGAAUACAAAGUUUAGCGAUUAUUUAAACUGGGCUGCGGCUGGUGAGAGUAUAAAGCCCAUAAGGACUCUUAAGUGCUGCAGCCAAGGAGCCACCUCCCUUCCUGGUCUGCCUAGCCCAGGGGGCCUGCCCCCAUUCCAGGGGCCCAGGGGCCCAGCUUGCAAUCGGUAGUGUCAGAAGUGACUUGUAGCUUUGCCUUGGUGUGGAGAUGAUUUCAUUCCAGGGAAGGGGGUUGGGGGAUCCCUUAGAGGCUCUGAGCAGCUGGCCCAAGCUCCAGCUCUUCUCCAGUGGAAGCUUCAGCGCCCUCAGAAACGACCCUGGCCAAUGUCACCGCAGAGCUGAGGCGGUGUUGUCAGGGCUAAUGUGAAAUCUCUUCCCGUGGCGCCGAUCCUCUGGCUCUACAGCGCCAGCUUGGACAGAUUGAGGUCUCUGUGGCUUUGGUGACCCUGCUUAAGCAUUCCCACCGUGUCGCUGCUCUGCACUAGGAUUGCUUCCUGCUGCAGCCCCUUACUUGACCUCAGGGCCUGGGGAGGGAGGCACGGUGCCAGGGCCAGGCGCUGCAGCUCAGGAGACAUGUCAGCCUUUCUGGGAGCCAGUAAGCUUUGAGCUUGGGGCUGCCCAUCCGACCUGGGACCAGGUGUCGCGCAGAGAAGUGCCUUCUCCAGUGCUUCCUGCCACAUUCACUUUAAUGGGGCCUCAGUGAAGGCCGAGAACAAUUCUCUUACUGUAUUAACUUUAUUCAGUUAAUUCACUUGAGAAACUAACCAAUUUUUACUUUCUGCCUAGAAUGAUGUACACACAGGAGAGAAGUUAUACUCCCAAAGUGCCUUGUUUUCUCUGAUAUAAAUAUAUUUAUAAGGACAUAUUCCAAUAGGUUCUUGGGUGUGUUUCCUACAUCAAGAUAAUAUAGUGAGCUAAUAUAGUGGGAACAGUCUACAAACGGACCCUUUUCUCCUGAAGGUUGGGAAGGAGGAUCCGAGCAGUGAGAUAAAACUGCCCCUACAGUGGCCCUUUCUGCCCUUUUUAUACAGGUAACAGAAUGGCCACAAUAUUUUUUGAGGCAGGGUUUCGGGUCGACCGCGCUGGUCUUGAACUUACUUUGUACCUGAAGAUGGCCCUAAAUUCCUGAUCCCCCUUCUUCAGCCAUCCCUAGGACAGCCGAUUUUUUUUUUUUUUUUCAAGUCUGAUUUCGUCACUGCCAGGCUUAUUGUGUGUACAUUUGUGCCCCAGUGACCAGAAGGUUCCAUGUAACUUUUCUGUAUACACAUGAACACUGUAAACGCCACCAUUUCCAAUAAUUUGAUAAAGUAGCCAGUCACCUCUGG